AUGGACUCCUGCCACGAUUUUUGCUGCUGCGGCUUCUCUGCUGCUGCUGCUGCGGCUCCCCCGCCCCACCAGCCGGCGGGGGAACCAAAGAGCGCUUCCCCCCCGCGCAAGCAGCAGCGCACAGCAGCAAGUAGGAGAGAGCAGCAAGCCGCAGCGCACAGCAGCAAGCAGCAGCACACAGCAACAGGCAAUAGCGGGCAGCAGCAAACAGCAGCAGAAAGGCUGCGGAGGCAGCUCAACCAAGACACGGACUGGAGCGGCUACUGCUGCAGCAGCAGCUGCUGCUGCUGCUGCGUGCUUGUCUCGGGACAGAAGCCAGUAGAGGAAAAGGGGUGCUGCUCUUGCUUUCACUGUGCGCCCCCAGCAGCAGCAGCAGCCGCUGCUGCUGCUGCAGCAGCAGCAGACCAACCAGACUCUAGCGGCAAGCGGGAAGGCAGCAAUGCAGUGAGCGACGCCCCUGCCGUUGCCGCUGCAGCAGCAGCAGCAGCAGCGGAGGCGCCGCCAGCUGCCUCUUUUUUGGGUGCUGCUGCUUCCCCUGUGCUGCUGCGGACGGCCCGUGCUGCUCUCGGGUCGCUGCGGUCAGCAGCAGCAGCAGCUUGCUGCCCCUUUCUUCUUAUUUAUGCCCAUGGCAAUGGCAGCGACCUAAAAGAUGUGCUGCCGCUGCUGCAGCAGACACAAAGCAAGACAGGUGCUGCAGUUUUGGCCUUCGACUACCCUGGAUAUGGCCUUUCCCAAGGAAGAGCCAGUGAAGAGUCUGUUGAUAUUUGCCUGCAGUCAGUGCUGUCAUUUGUGCUGCUGCACCUGCGGUGGCCAGCAGCAAGAGUUGUUUUGUGGGGCUGCAGCAUCGGGGCAGGGCCUGUGACUCGUGCUGCUGCAGCAUUUAGUGCUGCUUUUCGGCAGCAGCAGAAGCACCAGCAUGGGCGCUGCAGCAGGCUGCAGCGCCAGCUGCUCCAAAUUGCACACAAGCGGCAGCAACAACAGCAGCAGCAGCAACACAACGAGCACCAUGGCUGCGAACAGCUGCAGCCCCGUCUUUUUUUCCCCAUUCUCGGCAGCAACUUGUGCGCAUCUUCAGCAGCAGCAGCAGCAGCAACAGCAGCAGCCAUCGUGCCGCCCAGCUCCGCGACCCCUGAGGCUGUAGUUGCUGCGCAGGUAGCUGCAGCAGCAAUGACGAAUUGUUCGGGGGCCUGGCGCACGACGAGCAGCAGCAGCAGCAGCAGCAGCAGCAGCAGCAGGUGCUGGAGCGGGGGCGGCUCCGUGAAUUUGUACAAUCUGGGAGGCAUCGUGUUGCAGUGUCCGUACACCUCAAUUCGCGCAGCAGCAAAAAGUUUUGUUCCAGCAGCAGCAGCAUCUCUUGUGGUGCCGCGGAGUGUUUGGCCAGUUGCUGCUGACCUCAGUAGCCCCAACUUCUGCUGCAGCUGCCUCUUCCUGCAUGGGAAGCAAGACGAGCUGUUUUGCUGGGAGCAGACUUGGGAAAUGCAGCAGCAGCUGCAGCAGCACCUGGAACGGAUACAAAAAAGCGCAACCAGCAGCAGCAGCAGCAGCAGCCGCAGCAGCAGCAGCAACAGCUGCGGCACUUACGAUGACUUGACCCAGCCAUAUGCGUCUUACAAUGGCAGAAGAGGCAGCAGGCAGCGGUGCAGCAGCAACUGCAGCGACAGAGGUAGUGGCAGCAGCUGCAGUCUUCCUGUUUUAAACCAGGCCCCAAGCAGCAGCAGCAGCAGCAACAGCUGCAGCUACAUGGACAAAUCUGAAUAUCCCCCCUACUUCUGUCUUGGCUGGUACCCACCUGCUGCUUCUCAUUGUGUCUUUGAUUGGGGCAGAGAUCUGCUGCUGCCUAUCUCGGCCUUCCUGAAGAAGGCGCAUGCAGGUCUGCUGCUGCAGCUUGCUGCUGCACUUCUGCCGCUGCUGCAGUUCCAUGGAGACGACACCGCAGCAGCAGGAGCUGCAGCAGAAGCAGCAGCUCCGGGAGACUGGUGUAGCACCGCCCUUGUGCUGCUUCCCGACAGAGACAGGUUGCUGCUGCUGCAAGAGACGCUUCUUGGCGACUCCGCUGCUGCAGUUUCAGCAGCAACGGCAGCAGCAGCUCAGACGAAGACAGAAGCAGCAGCAACAGGAAGAGCUGCUUGCGGCUAUUUGUCUCAGUGCCUGCGGAGUGCAGCACUUAGCAGCACUUCGUUUGUGCUGUUUGCUUCCGACGCAUUUGCUGCUGCCUGGACUGAGGCCGUGAACUACCACUGCCCUCUCCUUGAGCAGCAGCAGCAAGAGCAGCAGCAGCAGCAGCAACAGCAACAGCAGCAGCAAUAUGUUGGGAAGAGCGAGCCUCAGGGUGCCGCUCGCAGCAGUCAGCGGCAAAAUCUGAAGAGGCGGCUCCCGCUGCUGCUGCAGCAGCAUGUCGACACUUGGGGUUUACCAGCAGCAGCAGCAGCUUCGGCUGCUGCGAGGCAGCAGCUGCUGCUGAUUGGUGCUGCGCUGCGUCUGUUUGCUCCUCACCAGCUUUCUGGCCUUCAAGUCCAGCAGCAACUUUUGGAGCGGUACCCGUUGCAGCAGCAGCAGCAAGCAUCAGCAGCAGCAGCAGCGGCACCGCUGCUGCGUGUCACUCCGCUUUUGUCUGCUGCAGCGCAGUAUCUGAUGGCAGAGUCUUCUGUGAGCCCCCUGAGUCCUGCUGCAGCAACUGAAUUCAGCAGCAGCGGCUGCACGUCAGCAGCAGCAGCAGCAGCAGCAGGAGGCUGGCUGCAAGAGGGCACCAGCCAGGGGCCACUCUCUGCUGGGUCAGAGACGGAAGAAGAGACAGACACAGAUGAAGGGGAUGAAGCAGCAGCAGCAGCAAAUGCUGUUGUGGCUGGUGACAUGCUGAAUGGCCUCCCGUACAGCAGCAGCAGAGGCAGCAGCAACAGGUGCUCGCACGCCCUCUCGUUUCACCAGCACGAAGUGAGGUGGCUGCAGCGGCAGCAGCUGCAGCAGCUGCUGCAUCGACAGCAGCAGCACCAAAUGCUACAGCGGCUGCAGCUGCAGCAAAUGGCACAGCGGCGGCACCACCAUCAGGCACACCCGCAUGUGCUGCAUCAGGAGCAGCAGCAGCAGCAACAGCAGCAGCACCUGCUGCGGCGCAUGCAAACUGCCUACCCGCUGCCUCCCCCAGUCCCACAUAAUUGGAUUUACGGGUCCCCAUACGCAUCACUUGCAGAGAGGCGGCGACUUGCUCUGGAAGCAGCAGCAGCAGCGUCCAGUGCCGCUGCUGCUGCUGCUGCUGCAGCUGCUGCAGCGGCGUCGCUGCCCCUGUUCGGGUCCGUGGAUGGGCUCAUGCGCCUCGUCAGCGACCGCUUUGUAGAGUUCUUGUCGCUGCUGCUGCAUACUGCGGUGCAGCGAGGCCUCGUAGAGGAAAUGAGGGGGCUGCUGCAGCAGCAGCAGCAGCAGCAGCCGUAUUCUCGGCAACAGCAGCAGCAGGCAGACGUCAUGCUGCCCCAAAUACUUGGCUUUAUUAAGAGGCUUUAUGCAGUCUUGCAGCCCUCGCUAACUCUUGAGGCCGUCUUUGUGAGAGAGCCGAGGCAGCAGUCGCAGCAACAGCAACCCGAGCCGCAGCAGCAGCAGCACCAGCAGCAGCAAGGGCAGCAUCAGCAGCAGCAGCAGCACAAAGAGCCUGCUGCGGCGAAAUAUGUUCUUAACAGCAUUUUUGUUUGUGGCAUUCGGCUGUCCCUUAUUGACAUCUCCCCGCUACCCUCGCACAGCAGCAGAUACACCAGCAGCUGCAGCAACGGCAGCAGCAGCAGCAGAAUCGAGGUCUCACCUAGCAGCAACACGGUAAGCAGCAGCGGAAAACAAGUUGCUGCGCCUAUUGGAGGGGUACUAUAUGCUGAGGCCGUCCCUCUAGCUGCUGCUGCUGCUGCUGCUGCUUCGGCGGGGUUCCGCCUUUUUCAAAGCAGCAGUAACGGCAGCAGCAGCAGCGGAGGCGAAGGCCCCACAAAGACUCCUGAGACGUUGCUGCUGCCGCUGUUUGCUGCCCCGAUGCCCAGCAUGCAGCUGACGGCUCGGUGGCUGCUGGGGUGUCUGUUCAACGCUGCAGCAGAAGACCCCAAGUCCAGCAGCAGCCCUUGCUCACCGCUGCAGCUGCAGCAGCUGCAGCAGCAGGAGCAACUGCAGCAGGAAGUCGCGAACGAGUUUGCUGCUGAGCACUUAAAGGACCUCAAAAGCCUCUCCAACCUGCCAAACUUUGCUGCACUUGCAGCGCUGCGCCCAGCCUCUCUCGGCCAGCUGCUGCCGCUGCACGGGAACUGCAUGCAUUCAGCAGCAGCAGCAGCAGCAGCAGGAGCUGCUGCUGCUGCUGCUCCUGCGACGUCCGCACACGCAAACUGCAGCUUCUUUCCCUUUGGGUGGGAUCAGCUGCUGCUGCUCCUCUUUGGCUGCCGCCCGCCACAGCACGUGCGGCUGCUCUUUGGGGGCAGUAUACAACUGCAGCAGCAGUGGCAGCAGCAGCAACCGCCCAGGUUGUUUGCUCUUCAGGCAAGUGAAGCAGCUGCGGCAGCAGCAGUGCGGGGCCGAAUUCUGUCGAAUGUGUCUCACCACAACGCUUCAGCAGGCUUGAAGUUACAGGGAGACUUUAAUCACUUGCUGGGCCUGCAGCAAGCAGCAGCAGCGGCUGCUGCUGCUGCAGCAUCGCAUCUUAUGCACUGCAGCACGCAGCUGAUGAUACCCCUCUCUGCUCCAGCAGACCCAGCUUUUUUUCCUGCUGCUGCAGCAAACGCUUCUACGGAAGCGGCGCGUCAUGCUUCGCGCGUUUCAGAUGUGGCUGCUGCUUUUAAUCGGGCCGAAGCAGCAGCUGCUGCAGCAGCUGCUGCAACUGCUGCCUGCAGCAGCAGGAAGACGCCGCAGCCACAAGGCGACCUCGUAGUCACUGGAACUCCGCGGGAGCCAAGCUCAUUAGCAGCAGGAGCUGCCGGUGAGGCAGAAGCAGCUGCGGCUGCGGACGCGACUGCAGCAGCAGCUGCUGCUGCAGCUCGUGAUGCUGCGGAGCCCACAGGGGCUUCUGCUGGCCCAGCCGAAGGCCCUGAGGUGAAUUCGAUUCCUGCUGCAGAGCCCGCAGCAGCAACAGCAGAAGCAGCAGCUGAAGCGAACCCCUCAGCAGCUGCCACAGAACAAGACCCGAAUCGAGGUUGCAGCAUCCCGGCUGUGGGCGCCGAACAGCAGCAGCUACAGCAGACGCCUCAGCAGCGCAAGCAGCAGCAGCAGCAGCAGCAGCAGAUGCCUCAACAGCACAAGCAGCAGCAGCCCAGCAGCAAUAGGCAUGCGCUCUUUUGGCAACCAGCUUUGUUUUUGCCGACCUCGGCGCUGCAAAGCCCGCUCAUUGAGGCCUCCUUGCUGCUACAGUUAGGCGGCAGCAGCAGCAGCAGCAAGAGCAGCAGCAUGGCCGCAGACGAGCUCGUGGAAACCACGCCUGCUCCAUGUUUUGGCUGUAGCUGCCGCAGGAAGCACCGGGGUUGUCAGCUGCUGCUCGCGGAAUUUCGGCGUUUGUACACCGCAGGAGGCUCUGCAGCAAGCUGCAGCAGCUGCAGCAGCAGCAGCUGCAGCAGCCGUUGCUGCGUAAUUGGAGGGCGGGAGCGCCCUCAAAGCGGCGCAAGGGGCUGCAGCAAAGGCUGCGGGUGGGCGGAUUUCUGGGGAGGCGAAGCAUCCUCAAGUGCGCGGGCAGAAGCAGCAUAUCAGCAGGUGGAGGCAGCGCUGGCUUUGGCCCUUGUGCGGCAUGAGCUCCAGACGCUCUCCUGCCUACGCUCGGCAGCAGCAGCAGCAGCAGCAGCACACAGCAGCAGCAAACUGGCGAAGCUAGGCCGUCUACUUGCAGAGGGUGCGCCUCUCUCGGGCUGGAACGCAGCUGUGACAAAUGCUGCUCCCUUUUGCUCCGGCGCGGUCGCCUUAGAAAGACUGCUGUUGCACCUCUGGGGCGUGGUGGUACAGCAGCAGCAGCACAUAGCAGCAGCCAGUGCUGCUGACCUAGGUGUGCGGCUGCUGCGGCAGCAGCACUGUCGCAAUCAGCUGCAUCAGCAGCACCAAACAGCUGCGUCGUACGACCCCGUCUCAAGGCUGCAGCAGAAGCAGCAAGCACGGCAGCAGCCAGUUGCUGCAGGGGCGGUUGCUUCAGCAGCAGCUGCUGCAGCGGCAGUGCGCCCACACAGUACGGUUCUUUCCAUGCACCCGGCAGCAGCAGCAGCAGCAGCAAGGGCUGCUGCUGCAGACGGUGUUCUCAAGUCCAUUCCAGAAGUGACCAAUCAGCACAAAAUACGCGCAGAGCGCGACGUGUUUGGCCCAGCAGCAACGGAAGAUGCAGCAGCGACAGCAGCAGCUGCUGCCGCAGCAGCAGCAGCAGCAGCUGGUGCUGCUGCAGCUGGGGUAACGCUGGUUGGGGAAGCAGUGCAGCAGCAAAAAGGAGCCCAAAGAGUGGCGCCGGGCAGUCGGGCUGUAUGUACAGCUCCUUCUAUACGUUAUGUACGUUCAGUACGCGCUGCUGCUGCUUCUGCUGCUGCUUCUGCUGCUGCUUCUGCUGCUGCAGCUCCCUUUGCAGUUGCCGAAAACCGCCUCCAGCGAGCUGCUGUGUCGCCGUGGGGCGCAGCAGUUGCUGCAGCAGCGGCGCCUGCUGCUGCAGCAGAUUGUGCACGCCAGCUGGCUGCGGCAGAGGAGCAGUGA